AGGAAGAGUGGGAGGGAGAGAGCUAUGUACAGUAAACCCACUGGUGUUGGCAGUACAAACAGUAAGAAUAUGAAAGCCAGUGUUCGAGCCCCUCCCCAAAAAAAGAACCAGGCAUUUACUAUCAGGACCUUCUUGUGUCUCCUUCUUAUUGUUGUGACAGCUGCUUCUGAGGCCCGUGCAUCCAGUUUUGGAGCUUUCCUAGCAUUUGAAAGAAGACAAAGAUGGCAGUGAACUGGAUAGGACUCCUGUCCAUAGGAGUGUUUUAUGUGAUGGUACUUGGCUUGGGCAUUUGGGCGUCCAGAAAGUCCAAACGUGAAGAACAGAAGUGUACUGCAAAGCGCAGCGAAGUUGCCAUGGUCGGAGGACGAAACCUAAACAUCUGGGUUAGCAUCUUUACCAUGACAGCUACUUGGGUUGGAGGAGGCUACAUUAUGGGUACUGCCGAAAUAGUCUACGAUCCUACAAAGGGCUUGGUUUGGGCCGUUGGCCCUCCUGCCUUCUGUUUAAAUCUUCUUAUAGGUGCGGUGUUCCUUGUCAAACCUAUCCGGGCGAAAAACUAUGUCACCAUCAUGGACCCAUUUCAAGAGAAAUAUGGCAACACUAUCGCUGCUAUCCUUUUCAUUCCCGCUCUGAUAGCAGACAUCUUGUGGGUAGCGUGCAUUCUUGGUGCACUUGGUAAGGACGUUAAGCUAGUGGUCAUGGAUAUCAACUCCACACUGUCUGUGGCCAUUUCUGCAGCCGUGGCUAUUGUUUACACAUUAAUGGGAGGUCUGUAUUCUGUGGCCUAUACUGAUGUCAUUCAGCUGAUCUUCAUGUUCCUCGGUUUGUGGGUCUGUGUCCCGUUUAUCCUGAUGAGCCCAUUCGCUGCCAACGUCACGAUUGCCGCAGUGACAAAGUGGAACCAGGAGCCGUGGCUUGGCAAGGUGCAGCUUGAAGACUCUGGCAACUGGAUAGACGACUUUCUGCUACUGGUAAUUGGAGGCAUAUGCUACCAGGCCUUAUACCAAAGAAUCCUGUCCACAGCCACGGAUACUCAAGCAAAGAUCACCCUUUUUGCUGGUUCGAUUUUAUGCGUAGUCCUUGGUGUCCCAUCAAUCCUCAUUGGAGCAGUGGCAGCAUCUACUGAUUGGAACCAGACGUCCUUCGGUUCACCGAGCCCAUUUGAACAAGGCAAAAGUGGAAUGAUUUUGCCAAUUGCUCUCCAAUAUCUGUGCCCCUUCUACGUCUCUUUGUUUGCUAUGGGAGCACUUGCAGCUGCUGUGAUGUCAUCAGUUGACUCCGCCCUUCUGUCUGCUGCGUCUGAACUGGGCCGGAAUAUUUUUAAGAACAUUAUCUACAAAAAGGCAUCAGAAAAACACAUUCUUGUGACAGUUAAAGCAUCCAUCCUCUUGUGUGGGCUGUUGGGAGCAGGUCUGGCCAUGACAUCAUCUUCCAUUAGCCUGUUUUGGAUUUUCAGCUGUGACGUCUUGUACUCAUUGAUGUCCGCCCAGGUGAUGUGUAUCCUCUUCCUACCUAAUCGGGUCAACCACUGCGGGGCCUGUACUGGCUUUGUAGUUGGCCUGUUGCUACGGGCUUUGGUUGGUGAACCCAUACUGGGAAUUCCUGACAUCCUACCCUUACCCUGGGACAAGAUACAGGAGGAUGGUCACCGUCGCCGCUUGUUCCCUUUUCGUACGGCCAUAAUGCUAAUUAGUUUUGCGGCUAUUUUAGUUACAUCACAUUUCAUGGCUUGGUUAUGUGAGAAAGGAGUUCUGAAAAUGAACCUUCAUGUUGCAACAGACUCAAUUGGUGUCAAUCAUCAGGGAAGCAUGAAUAACAAAGAUGACGAAGUGCCGGAUAGGGAACUCGUGCCCUUAUCAUCACAGAGCAGGAAUGAAGAAGGGAACAGCUGUUUUAGCGGCAAUGGGGAUAUCUUGAGGGACUCAAGCUAGUAUUGGGAGACUGUAAAACCUGCUUAAACAGAAUUUUGCAAGCAGUAUACAACACCCAUAUGGAUGCCAUG